UCAAAGCUUUGUUUGGCCUCGGGGAGAUUAUAAGAGUAGGCAAAUCGCAAAUCACAAAUCGAAAAUCACAUAUCGCUUAACGGAAAAGGCACAUUUAGCUGAGCUUGACACAGAGCAAAUCGUACAAAGAUUUCAAACAGUAGACUUCACAGAGGAGACUUUACAGAGUAGAUUUCACAGAGUAGGUCGCACUUUUUAUCUGCGUAACAGUAAGUACAGCAACACUUACAAAACAACUCAAUUAUAAAACAAAAAUGGCCAGAAAUAACAGAGGAAAUAUACCCUUGACCUUAAACCAUGACCUUAAACUAAAGAACUGUGGUCUUCGAAAGCAAAUUGCCAAAAAAGAUGAGCACAAUGAGCGGCGAUGGUGGCCCUCGCCCCGGCGCGCACCGUCCCCCCACGCGACCUCCGGGGACUCGCGACCGCCCCGGCACGCCACCCCCUCUUCCCGACAAUCGCCCAGGUCGACAAUGACGCAUUAGUGAUUCAAAUUUCAGCACAAUCGGACUAAGCCUACUGUUAAAAUGAAACAAGAUGACUCUCACCUGUCAGUUUUUGAGAUGCCAAGCUAUUUUACCAGAGAUGCAGGAAUUUUAAAGUACUUGAGGGAAUCGGAUUGUGAGCUAACAGUUGACACACAGACUGAAGCCCCAUCUUAUUACCUAAUAAAAUGUGAAUAUUGUGGACAAGAGGUAUCACCUUCAUUGGACAAAGCUGAUAAGGCAGAGUUCGUGUUUUGCUGUGAUCAGUGGAAACAACUAUACAGGCUAUUGCUAAACUUGAGAAAUGUACGGGAAGGAAAAUCAGAAGAGCUCACAAUAACACAAGAUCACAGUGAAAACAAAGAUUUGAUGUAUCAAAGGAGUAAGGCCAAAUUCAGCAGUUUUUUGGUGGAGCCAAGAGACGAUAAAUCUAAAGCAAGACUAUUUGAGGAUUAUUUGACUGAAAUGCCUGUAUUAGACAAUGUUGCUCCAGAUUCAAAUGUCAUGAAUUUUAGACUGUCCUGUCCUGUAGAAGGAAGCUGGGCGAGGCUUCCCAAACAUCAAAGUGAAAGAAGGACACAUUUUUUAGACGCAAACCGUAACUAUGAGUUUUCUGUUUCCAUUUGUGCCCAUAAGCCACUUGAUUUUGGCUUAUGCCAUUAUCAGGAUGGCGGUGACUUUGUGAGUAAGUAUUAUGCUGAUGGUCUAAAAUUCCUUUUAGUUCUUGAAGAUGGGUCAGCCCAAGUUUACUACCCGUCAGGACUUUUGGCUAUCCUUGUCACAGUUACCAAAGCACAUGGAAGAGUCUGUAUAGUUUACGAUGAUAAUCCUGGUCAGUCAGUGAGAGCUCUGUUCCAGUCUGAUGGUAAAGGCGCUUGUUAUCACAACAAUGGGAACAUAUGGCUGAUCAUCAAUAAAUAUGGGUGUGAGCGUUUGGAUCCAGAUGGCACUAGAGUCAGCAGGUGGACAUGGUACAAAUUGGGGUCCACUCCUCUCAGACCAAUCUUCCUGUGCAUUAAUAAAAUUAUUAGAGUUAGGGUAUUGGGAAAGCAACAAGUUUUUGUAUCCUUCCUGGCAAAUGGCAAACAGGUGAAAUUCAAUGUGGGGUCCUGGUGUUGUAAGGGCAACUGUAAAGAAGUGCUAACCCCUCCAACAUUUGGAAAAGAUGAACUGAUAGUGUUGGCAUACAAAAUUAAAACAGAACAUCUUAUUCAAAAGAUUCACCAAUUGAUGUGCACAUCGACCCUUCCUGUCCUGCCAAACGCUGCACCCACUCCUCAUCUCCAUCGUCUGGCGCAUAAACUUUUAAAACUUGCUGAAAAGGUCCCAAUGAGUAAAAAGGACAGCGACUUUCUCCAAAGCUGCCUAAAAGGGUUCCUCUGAGUACAGCAUGAAAAUUAGGAUACAAAUGACAUAAGAUGUUUUUUCCUGAGUG